GAUACUAACGGACCGUUAAAAGUUAAAAUAAAUAAAUAAAUAAUAAUCGGAACAAGUGAAACAUAGAAGAAAGAAGCGGCAAAAAUCAGUCAUCUUGUUCCAGUUCCACUGAUCGCUCACAGUACCAUGGAUUACUUGAAAACCGUGGUACCUUCGCAACUCGUCACCGAACGGGGCGCCAAAUUAGUCGUAAUCAAUCCUGGUUCCGCUAAUAUUCGGAUCGGCCUUGCCCAACAGGACUCUCCCUUUAAUCUUCCUCACUGCAUUGCACGCCGCACUAGUCAAAACCCUAAACUAAAUGUCAAAGAUCAGAUGCUUAAUUCUCAGGUUACCACGCCGCAGUACGUGGAGCGGGAUAAGGCUUAUGAUGCUAUUGCGUCAUUGUUGAAGAUACCAUUUAUCGAUGAAGAAGUUGCUAAUAAUUCAUAUCCACGGAAGAUGGGCCGUGUUGAUGGAUAUAAUCCGCAAAGUAGCCGGAAGGAUUCAGCCUUCAAUUGGACUAAUGUGUAUGUAAAGGAAUCUACAUCAUCAGUGGAAGAAGAAAGUUUAUCAUCAGUGAAUGAAGGCAUGACUGAUGAGUCAAUGGGCCAGCAUGAAAGUACUGAUAAUAAAGAGCUCAAUUUAAAUGAACGUAAGUUCAGAGAGUUCAUUUGUGGUGAGGAAGCUCUAAAAAUCUCUCCCACUGAGCCAUAUUGCUUACACCGUCCUGUUCGUAGAGGUCACUUAAACGUUUCACAACAUUAUCCAGUGCAGCAGGUACUUGAGGACAUGAUUGCUAUUUGGGACUGGAUUUUGGUAGAAAAAUUGCAUAUACUGCACUCAGAAAGAAAUUUGUAUUCUGCUAUUCUGGUCAUGCCAGAAACAUUUGAUAAUCGAGAAAUAAAAGAAAUGCUUUCUAUUGUGCUGCGAGAUUUGCAUUUUAGCACAGCAGUGGUACACCAGGAAGGUCUUGCUGCAGUGUUUGGAAAUGGAUUGUCAACAGCGUGUGUUGUAAAUAUGGGUGCUGAGGUGACAUCAGUUAUUUGUGUUGAGGAUGGAGUGGCUCUACCUAAUACAGAAAAGACUUUGCCUUUUGGUGGUGAGGAUAUAUCAAGAUGCCUUCUCUGGACUCAGAGGCAUCAUCAUACAUGGCCACAAAUUCAUACUGACAUUUUGACAAAGCCUAUGGAUCUGCUAAUGCUUAAUAAACUGAAAGAGUCCUAUUGUGAGAUCAAAGAGGGGGAAAUUGAUGCUGUUGCUGUGGUUCAUUCAUAUGAGGAUGGCAUGCCAGCUGGAUCUCAUAAGACAAGGCUAAGUGCUUUAAAUGUUCCUCCUAUGGGUUUGUUCUACCCAAAGCUUUUGGUUCCAGAUGUGUAUCCUCCACCACCUCGUUCAUGGUUUAAUGACUAUGAGGAUAUGCUGGAAGAUACAUGGCAUACAGAAUUUCCCAGAAGAUCUGACAUAUCAGAUGGCUUAUAUGGUGGCAUUAAUGUUGGUCUACCAAUGUGGGAGAGCUACCCAGUUUUGGCAACUAAGCCAAAAAGAGAAGAGAAGAUUGGCCUUGCCGAAGCUGUAACAAGUAGCAUUCUUUCAACUGGUCGUAUAGACCUCCAGAGAAAAUUGUUUUGUAGCAUACAAUUGAUUGGUGGGGUAGCUUUGACGGGUGGUCUCAUUCCUGCUGUGGAGGAGAGAGUUUUACAUGCGAUUCCUUCAAAUGAAGCUAUUGAUAUGGUUGAGGUGUUGCAGUCAAGAACAAAUCCUACUUAUGUGUCUUGGAAAGGCGGAGCUAUUCUUGGAAUUCUCGACUUCGGCAGGGAUGCCUGGAUUCAUCGCGAGGACUGGAUUCGUAAUGGGAUUCACAUUGGAAGUGGCAGAAAGUACAAAGACUCCUAUUUUCUUCAAGCACAAGCAAUGUGCUAUAUAAAUUCCUGAAAGCAUCCAGAAGUCGGUGUUCCGUCUCACAUUUGAUAACUUUUUAAUCAAUGCCAAUGUUAGGGGUAUUUCUCCUACUUCAAUGUAUUCUUUUGCAGAACUUUCUUUGUAUUCAACUGUUAAUAUUACUUGUAUAACUAGUUUUUCUUCCUGCUGUUAAACAUGCUGUUUUAACGACAUUUUAUACUGAUUUUGUAGCUAUUACCUCAAGAUUCUAGGGACUGAAUCAACUGAUAAUACUGUGCUUCAGGAGUCGGUGCUUUGAUUUC